GUAUUUUGGACGAAGAUACAAUACGAGAUAUAGACAUUUUUACUAAUGAUUUGUGCCCAGUUUCAGCACAGACUAUAGUUUGUAUAUUUCGAAAAGCAAUUCGAUCCACCCAAGAUACAAUUUUAUACUGGUAUCACUUUGCCAUAAAAUAUGACAAAAGAAUAGAUGAAGUUUCUGUUAACAAUAAAGUCAGUAAGAAAAAAGCAACUAGCUUAGUAUAUCAUGAAAUUAAACAACUUCUUCCUGAUAUCACAGAUGCGAACCUGCGUCAUAUAAUUCUCAAGGCUAGAAAAAUAAGAACACUUUUUAGCGCAGUAGGAGUAGAAAAGAUUAAACAGGUCUCCUAUAGUGCAAAUGCAAUUUCCGGCCUUUCUUAUACCCAAAUCCACAACAUUAUAGAGCAUGUGACCAAUUUUAAAAAGAGUUCUGUCCCUUCUGGCUUAACGAAAUUAUCAGAUGCAAAGGUAAGUGAAUCACCUACAUCUCCUAUUCUUUCGACUCAUAUAUCUAAUUCUUCAGGUCCAGAGG